AUGAUGCAAACAUGGAAUGGGCACACAAAGGGGGUUUUAGCCAUUAGGUUCCUACUUGAUAACAACCAUAUGCUUUUGUUGGGUGGAAUGGAUACCAAGGUCAAGAUUUGGGAAAAUUUUAAUUCAGACAAGUAUGAGGAAUUAAUGGAGGUUGAUGUUAUUGAUCCCAUGAAGAUGGUGAUAUCUUACUGGGAGUAUGUGGCAGAGACGUCCCUCAUAUCAGAUUUAGUAGAGCAAGUGAGUGGGACAUAUGUAGGAAUAGGAAUUGCUGAUCAUGGUAAGGCACAAGGCAAGACAAAAAGGUCACCAAGAGGCGUUUGGAUGUUACACCAUUUCUAUCCACCUUGA